CAAGUGGUCCAAGGCGAUCCCGCAGAGGGUUAGGCGGGCGGGAGUUACUUGGGGGAUUCACCUCCUUCGGCACAUUUACAUGAAGGAGGUCCUCAGGCUUCUUAAAAUGCAGCGCCCCUGCUUUCACAGCUCAGUCGCCGCGGGUGAGCCGCUCCUUGCCAGGCCUCUUGCCGGUUUCUACUUUAAUUUAUUUUACUUUACCGAUUCCUUUUUUUUUCUUUUUUAUCUUCACGCGGGUGAUUUUAAAUGGCCCGCCGAUGCUCCGGGGAUGAGUAUUUCGACAGUCUGCUCAGUGCCUGCAGGUCCUGCUCGCUGCGCUGCUCCGGGGUGCCCCCCACCGUGUGUCGGGCGCACUGCACCACCGUAAAUGGCAAUUCAGUUGAGCCAAAGCUUCCAGAAAAAGAAGAGGUGCACGUCAUGUGGAUCAUCAUCGGCGUCAUUCUGUUUUUGACGGCGGUGGUCUUAAGUUUCACAGUAUCCAUCCAGUUUCUACAGAGGAAGAAAUCUAGACUUCUGCUUACUGAGAAAUCAGAGCCGGGAAGGGAACAGUCAGCAGAAACCGGGAAUGCCGACACAAGGUACGCAGAAGCCACUAUGGAGACUGGAUGCUGCGAUGAGAAAUUUGAUGAGGAAAACGUCUCUGCUGUUAACGAAGUCACUGUCGCCCCAAGGGAGGAGCAAAUGGACAGGACACUUCAGUAUCCACGCUGUUUGCCUCUCCCAGCUACUGAAGAAGGAGCCACAAUCCUGGUGACCACAAAAACAGCCCAGUUAUGCAGCCAUGAUGCAUAUGAAGGAGGUGUAAAAGUCCAGGGGGUCUGGCGUGCCUUCUUUACAGCCUGAACUGUUAUGGGACAACAGAAGUAUGCUUUGUGUUUAAGAUGUUUACAGCAAUGCAAAAAUAUGAGAAGAAAAAAAUGUUAGGUGUGUUAUGUUCCCAAUAUGAAUGACCCAAUUGAAGUCUCCUUAUCUGAGGUGGACAGCUGCUUUGAAGUGCAGACUCUACAGAUGCACUAUGUACUCAUUUCUGAUUAACUGAUUGUGAAUAUCUCAGGUAAAUGCUUUAUUUUCAUAUACUUUUAUGAAGAGAUAUCUGUGGAAAA